AUGGUACUUCGCAAGUUUGAGCUCGAAUCCAAGCUCAAAGACGACAAUCAACUCAUCCGCAGCGGCGUUCUUCGAAACGAGCAUCCUCUCGAUACUUCUCAGGAAUUUCACGAGUUUCUGCAGGCAUGUCGCCGGGGCGAUCUCAAGCGCUGUCAGGAGCUGAUUUCGGCCGGUGUCAACAUCAACGCCAAAGACAGCUACGAUUAUACUCCGCUCAUAGUUGCUAGUCUCUGUGGCCACUAUGAAUUAGUUGAACUGCUCUUAGAAUCAGGGGCUCUGGCGGACCCCGACUCGUUUGAGCGGGAACGGGCUGUUUACAAUGCGCUCAACAACAAGAUCAGGAAUUUGCUCUUGUCUUACGACUACUCAAAGGCAGCAGAUCCGCUGCAGCCAUGGUCUUCCCACAUCUCAUCCCUACUAGUCCGGGACACACCUGUGACGUCCGAUAUCACUCUCUCGGCCGCACAGGAGGAUUUCCGCCUACACAAGUUCCUGCUCUCUGCCAGGUCGCCUUAUUUCAACCGCAAGUUUGCCGAUGCCCCUGAGACUGUCUUGUACAAGCUUUCUCAUGCAAUACCUGUUGAGGCCUUCCGUGUCGUCAUACGCUAUCUGUAUUUAGGCGACCUUCCGCGCGACCUUGUCGGCCCUCAGAGCACCGUGUCCGAGGAAGAAGUGUUCAAGGGCAUCGACAAGCUGUGCAAGCAGCUUGAGCUAGAAAAGCUGUGGGAGGCUGUGCUGUCCAUCAACGACCGCCGAUUAGCGCGCCAGCGCCAACAGGACGAAGUCCAGCGUGCCCAAGCCCAGGUUGAGGCCUUCUUUCAAAACACGGUUCUUAAGCACAAGAUGGUCGUCGACACCAGCAAGGUAGACAAUGUCAAAUGGCCGCACCACAACGCUAUUUUCGCCAACUGUAUAUUGCGAGCGGACGAGCCAUCAGAAGACGACCAAGGAGAGGAUUCUUCUCUCGCUCAUGAGAACAGUUCCAACGCGAGCGGAAUCCCAAUCGGCCCAGCAGAAAUCACCCUGCGGCAGCAUGAGAAACAUGACAACAACACGAUCCCGACCCGCCGCCCACGCCGCUCGGUCCUCUUCCCAGCCCACAAAGCCUUUCUGAUCCGGAGCCCUUACUUUGAGACCAUGUUCUCAUCCGACUUCCUCGAAGCCCACGAUGCCGAACACCUACACAUCAUCAAAGUGGACUGCACGCCCGAGGUGCUCGAAAUCAUCCUCCGGUUCCUCUACACCGAAAAAGCAGACUGCCCGCUCGAGCACGCCCUUGACCUCCUCUACGCCUCCGACAUGCUUUUACUCGACAAGCUCAAGACCAAAGCCGCCGUCGCCAUCUCGACCCUGGGCAGCGGCACCUCCAACGCCUUGGUCGACCGCACCCACAACAGCUACAUCGAUUCGGACAGCAACCAACUCGCAUCUGGCCAGGCACUACCACCGGCAGAAGGGGACGGAAUGGUAGAAGUAGAGCCCAUCAACGUCUACGACGUGAUCCACGCGGCCUGGGACCUCAAGGUGCAGCGGCUCGAGGAAUUUGCCGCGCGCUACCUGGCGAGCAGGCUCGAGGACUACAUUGACGAGCCCGAGUUUGCCGAGCUGAUUCGCGAGAGUGCAGCAAGGUUGAAGGAGCGGCAGGAGACAGACACCAUUGAGCUGCUGGACGAUAUACGGUACUAUCUGUCGGAGCGGUUCAGGUUGCGGUUUGAAGGAGAGGGUUUGGAGGAGAUGUUGGAUGAGGAUCUUGGCAAGGAGGAAGAGGAGGUUAACGGGCAAGGGGAAGGUCAACAAGAAGAGAAGCGGUUAGCUGAGAGGGAAGGGGUCAAAGAAAGCGGUGGAGAAGGGGGCCUGAGAGGUGUCAGGACGCUGGACGGAGAGGUUGUUGAGGACGAGUUUGCCUCGGAUGCAGUCAACUAUCAGAUCCUGCUAGGCAAGAUCGACAAGAUGCUGGAACGUCUGAACUUGGAAGCAUGA